GGUCGGACUGGGCGGGUCCCGAGGGCCCUACCGAAAGUGGCGGUUUGCUGCUGGCGGUUACCUUGGAAUCCCGAGUAGUUUGAAUGUGUGGCGACCUGUGACCGGUACUUGGUCGGUGCUAUCUCAGCAGGAGUGGGACCCCCGAGGCCUCAGAAGCAGGCUUUUAUCUGCCUCGGGAUUCCCCGGCGUUCAGCGCUUCCCCCAUAACCGGAUAGCAGUUAUUUGGACUCUGCCUCAGACCCAGGGCUCACAGAUGCCAGGAAGGAUGGCUCCUCUCAAGAAGCCUCGAAAUGCCGCAAGGUUGCCCCUGGCUUUAAACUCCCUGAAGAGCAAGGACGUGUUGGCAGUGCUGGCUGAGAGGAACCAGGCUAUAGUGCCAGUUGGGGCCUGGGUGGAACCUGCCUUGCCAGAUAGUUCGGAGGUCCCAGCAUAUACUUCAGCAUCUAUAAUUGAAGAAGAACUAAAGGAACAGCUAAGAAAAAAGCAAGAAGCUCUGAAGAAUUUUCAGAGACAAGUCAAACACCGAGUAAAUCAACAGAUGAGGUUGAGAAGAAAGCAACAGCUUCAGAGAUCUUAUAAAGCAGCAGAAAAAGAAGGCUCUAUAGCCAUGCAGUCCGCAGACCCAGCACAUUUAACUCCUAAAAGAACAAGUGUUUUUCCAAAGAACUUGAAUGCUGCUAUUGGAAGUACUAGGUUACCUCCUUCCCAGAUGCGUGGGGAUGGACUAGACGAUAGAGAGAAUCAGAAUGAAUUAUUCCAACAACAAGCCCAGGCUCUUAGCCAAACCAUGAAACAGGCCCGUCACCGACUGGCAUCAUUUAAGACUGUGAAUAAAAAAAAUGCGUCAGUGUUUCCAGAUGGUGGAAGAAAAACCUUUUCCCCCCAAGAGGAACCUGACACUGAGGAAUCUUCAUCUAUUUUGAUAGAUAAGAAAGGGAGAGAAAACUUGUUUUGGGGAGACCAACAGGAUCUCCUUUCUGAAGACAGGGACCAACCUUUCAGCAGAGUUCAGAAAAUACAAUUCAACACUCCAUUAUUUGCUGUGACAAAAGAGGAAGAGCAGAAGCAGUUAGAUCUUCAAGGCCUUCAGGAUAUUCUGCCAGAAGCCCAGGAUUAUCUUCCAGAAGCCCAAGGUGAUCUGCUGAAAACCCAGGGUGAUUUGACAGGAGUCCAUGGUGUUGAGCUAGAAGCCAAGAGUACUGAGCCAAGGCCCAGUACCCAGGCUGUUGAGGUGGAAGGCCAAGCCAUUGAGCCUGAAGCCCAGGCUGUUGAGCCUGAAGCCCAGGCCACUGAGCCUAAUGCUCAGGCUAUUAAGGGAGAAACUCAGGAUGUUAUGCCAGAAGCCCAGAAUAUUGAACUAGAAGAUGGGAAUAUUGUGUCUGAAGUCCAAGAUUUGCUACCUGAAGAACAGUGUGUUCUUCCCAAAGACCAGAAUAUUCUACUCAGAUGUCAGGACCAGGACUUUCUACCUAAAAACCAGGAUUUUCUACCCAAAGACCAAAAUAUUCUACCCAAACGUCAGGACCAGCAUGUUUUCUCUGAAGACCAGAAUAUUCAAUACAAAUUUCAGGACCAGGAUUUUCUACCCAGAGACCUGUGUGUUUUCCCCAGAGUACAGGAUUUUCUGCCCAGAGAUCAGAAGGUGCAUUUGAUGCAGCCAACAUCUAUUUUGAUAGACAGGAGAGGGAGAGAGGCGUUUCCCCUGGAUGUCCAUGAGGAUCUUCUACACAGCAGUCAAGAUCAGGCCUCCAUCAGGGACAAGAAAGUACGCUUCAAGGAGUUAUAUUCUGAUAUGUCAAGUGAGAAAGGGAGAGAAGGCUUUUCUCUGGCAAGUUAUCAGUAUCUGCCUCCUCAACUCCAGGACUCUACCUUCAUCAGAGAUCAGAACAAGUACCUCAAGCAACCUGCAUCCUUUGAGAAAUGGGAGAUUGAACGGGGAAUUGCUUCUGGAGUGCCAUCGCACAGGAACUCUGGGCAAGCUUUACAUAAUAUGACAGAUGAGCGAUGGAGAAAGGAGUUAUUUCUGGAGUGCUGUGAAUGUGUUUUACAUGAUAUCCAGGAUCCAAGUUCUGCCAGAGAGCAGACCUUACACUUCAGGCAGCAGCCAUCUGUUGGGACAGCAGAAAGACGGCAAGAGGAUUUGUUUCUGGAUGGCUGUCAGCAACUUCCACCCAAGCACCAGAGAGAAGCUUCUAGCAGAAGACAGGUGUAUAGUGAAUAUCAGUCAAGAUUGAACACUGAAUUCCAAAUUCCACUGGCACUUCAGUCUGGAGUAGAUCAAGAAGAAGACAAGAAAGAGCGUCAAAAGCAGUACCUCAGAUAUAGACGACUUUUCAUGGAUAUUGAAAGAGAACGAGUAAAAGAACAACAGAGGCAAAAAGAACAUCAAAAGAAAGCUGAAAAAAUUAAAAAAAAGAAAGAGCAGCAGCGUUAUGCCAAAGAACAGAGGAUACUAAGAAUGAACUUUCUUGAAGAGUCACGUUCAGGAGAGAAGAUGAGUGACAUUAUGGCCCAGCUACAGCUUGAGGAAGUCAAAGGAGCCAGAGAAAAACAACAACAGAGAGAGAAGGAAUGCCAAAGAUAUACAGAGGCUCUAAGAGCGCAGAUCCAGGAGAAAAUGCGGCUGUAUAAUAUUACGUUACCUUCACUGUGCUGCUGUGGUCCUGAUUUUUGGGAUGCGCAUCCUGAUACCUGUGCCAACAAUUGUAUUUUCUAUAAAAACCCUAGAGCGUAUACCCGGGCGCUACACUCGGUCAUCAACUCCUGUGACAUCCCUGUGGGGAGCUCAGCUCUUCAAGUCGCCAUGCACAAUUCGGCUUCUGCACACAGACGGGCUCUGAAAAAUAUGUAAUGAGGAUCUGAACCCAACUGUUAGUAUUUCAGUCUUCACUUAAAACCAACACCAAGAGAUUAUUCAGGAAAAACUGAUGAAGUGUGUAAGAUAUGUAAUCUAGAAGAAAAGACUACCCACGUAACAGCCAGCUCUAUAAUUAGAUCAAAACCAUUGUUUCAGUCUCUGCUUGGGACUGAAAUUGGAAGAUGAUUCCAAGCUUGUGUUUUUGCUGUGAACUGUACAGAGUCUCUUGUUUGUUAAAAUGAUCAGUCAGACCAGUAAGAUUUUUUUACUUAGCUCUGCUCUGAUUAGAAGAGAUCAUGAGAAAUCAUUGAUAUGAUCUCAUUUAUUGUCUUUUUAAGACUGUAUCUUUGAGUCUUGACAAAACUGAAAAUGUCUGGAGAAAACAAAUGUCUAGAUAAAAAGAUGAUGAAAUGGGUUUCUGAGCCUCCGUGGCCAUUUACGUUGCCAUUAGCUUUUCUAGUUGUAUGUAACGAUUAGAGAUGAAAAGAAUCUGAAUUUGAUGCAUUUUUUUUUCUCAAAAAUUUUCUCUCUUACCUUUUAACCCAUUUGGUGCCAGUGGACACAGUACUUUAUACUUUUAUAAUUUUUUAUUAUAAAAACAAGGUGAAUAAACCCUCUGUCUUUUGAGCUUCUUCUAUGUGAAAUAAUUGUGAGUGACAUUUCAGAGUAAAUCUGAAGUCAAAAUGAGUAAAGUCCUGCCUUAUUUCCCUAUCUUUUAAAAAUCUGGUGAAUGGCAUACCUACAGAACAGAUGAAAUAAAAAUUACUAUAGUUAGUAUGAAUUUGUUAUCUCUUCAUUGAUUUCCUGACAUAAAAUAUGGAAAGGUUUAGUAUUGAAUUAAAGAUACUGAGAAUUUCUUUUUCCAACUUUCUCUAAUGAUCAGUGUUGAAGAAGCACAUAGGUUACAUCUUAAAAAACUCCUGAACAUCUAGCCAGGUCAUCAAAAAUAAGCAUGAAAAUUACCUGUAUGACCAGAUUGACUGGUUAUUUAGCCAGGUUAAUGAUCCAGUUCAGUCAAAAUCUUUAAGGAUUUAUAUCCAUGAUUCAGCUUUUAAGAGUUGUAUUUCUAACAGUUUUAUUGAGAUAUAAUUCAUAUACCAUAUAAUUAACCCAUUUGAACUGUGCAAUUCAGUGGUGUUUAGUAUAUUCUAGGAUUGUGCAACCAUCACCACUGUCAAAUUUUAGAAUAGUUUUGUCAUUCUAAAGAGAUGCCCCCUAAUCUAGCAAUCCCACCUCUGGGUAUGUAUUUAAAAUAAUUGGAAGCGGGAUCUGGAACAGAUAUUUGCAUACGCAUGUUCAUGGCAGUAUUACUCACAGUGGCCAAGAAGUGGAAGCAACCCAAGUGUCUGCCAACAAGUGAAUGGAUAAACAAAAUGUGGUCUCUACAUACAGUGGAAUAUUAUUCAGCCUUAAAAAGGAAAGAAGUGCUAUCCCAUAAUAUAAUAUGGAUAAGCCCUGUGAACAUGCUGAGUGGAGUAAACCAGUCGUGAAAAAUGCAGUAUGAGUCCGCUUAUAUGAGGAACUUAGUCAAAUUCUUAGAGACAGAAGCUAGAAUAAUAUUGCCAGAGUCUGGGGAGAGGAGGAAAUGGGAAGUUGUUGAUGGUAGAGUUUCGGUUUUUGCAAUAUGGAAAAGUCCAUGAGAUCUUCAACAGUGUAAAUCUACUUAACAUGACUGAAUUCUACACUUAAAAACAAUUAUAAUGGUAAACUUUA